AGUUCUGGUGCUGUUCCUGGACACCCGCUACUGCAACGCGGUUUGAGCAGGUCAGAGAUCCUAUACUACAAGACGGUUCACUCCUCUCUUUGAGCUUUUGAAAAGAGCGACUCAAAAUCAUGGUGGCGCUCUCUGCGAACAAGCGCGUACUUUGCCAACAGCAGCGAAUUCAAGGAUCUGAGAACAAUCUAGCACUAGUAUCAUACAACCUCCUUGAGCUGACUUCUUCUCCAGAAACGAAAGAAAGCUUCAAAAACAGCGACUGUAGCGCCAUCUGAGAAUAAGCGCGUAGGGGCACGGACGCUUUUUUGGCUGAGUGAACCAUCUUUUGUGUUGUAGGAUCUUUGAGCAGGAGUGGAUGUCCGAUAUUACAAUGCGACUUGGACGCCCCUGGAUCAGCUGACUCCACAGACAUAAUAAAUACGUGUAUAGCGGACGGUCCAUUUAAGACAAGUGUUGACUUUUUGAGCUGUGUGCCUGUUGUGUGUGAGGGAAGAGUAAGAUUGUUUGUUAUUGUGACCUAUAUUAUGUAUUAUAUGUAUUAUGUCCAGAAUGCGACAGAAGACUUUUCUAUUCUUAGAAGUUUGACGGAAAAAUAAAAUCACAAGAGAGAACA